AUGGGCACCGCAGCUAUUUACGAUGCAGCCCUGCACCGGCGCGAGGCGCUGAUGGGCUCGAGCGGCCCUGCAGCACUUGUAAAGAACGCCCGCGUGUUUGCCAUUGCGGCCUUUGCCUGUAUUGGGGGUGUGCUGUACGGCUAUAACCAGGGCAUGUUCUCUGGAGUCUUGGCGAUGCCUAGCUUCCAGCAGCACAUGGGCGAGUACGACCCCGUCGACCCCAACGCAGACCAGACCAAGAAAGGCUGGCUCACUGCCAUCCUUGAGCUUGGUGCUUGGUUGGGGACCCUUCUGUCGGGGUUUGUUGCCGAGGCCAUGUCCAGAAAGUACGGCAUCCUCGUCGCUGUGACCGUAUUCGUCAUCGGGGUUGUCAUCCAGAUCACGGCUGUCGCCGGCGCAGGCCACAACAGUAUUCUCGCGGGCCGCUUCAUUACUGGGAUGGGCGUGGGGUCAAUGGCCAUGAUCGUGCCCAUCUACAACUCCGAGGUUGCGCCGCCUGAGAUCCGAGGGGCGCUUGUAUCGCUACAGCAGUUGGCAAUCUGCUUCGGCAUCAUGAUAUCCUUCUGGGUCGGGUACGGGACCAAUUUCAUUGGUGGCACCACGCUUGAGACGCAGAGCGACGCGGCGUGGCUGACGCCCAUCUGUCUUCAAAUCGCCCCGGCACUGGUGCUCUUUUUCGGCAUGCUCUUCAUGCCCUUUUCCCCGAGAUGGCUGGUACACCACGGCCGUGAGGACGAGGCGCGCCGUGUGCUCGCCCGGCUACGCGCACUGCCUGCAGACCACGAGCUAGUCGAGCUCGAGUUCCUGGAGAUCAAGGCGCAGAGCAUGUUCGAGAAACGGUCGCUGGCGGAGAAAUUCCCCCACCUCAGAGAGCAGACUGCCUGGAACACCUUCAAACUCCAGUUCGUGGCCAUCAGGAGCCUGUUCCAAACAAAGGCCAUGUUCAAACGAGUCAUCGUGGCCUGCGUCACAAUGGCGUUCCAACAAUGGACGGGUAUAAACGCUGUCCUCUACUAUGCCCCGACGAUAUUCAGCCAGCUCGGCCUUGACUCUACCGAGACAUCUUUGCUCGCCACCGGGGUUGUCGGUAUCGUUAUGUUCUUGGCCACCAUACCCGCUGUCCUAUACGUCGACCGCGUCGGGCGCAAGCCGGUCCUGGCGACUGGGGCGGUCGGAAUGGCUACCUGCCACAUCAUCAUCGCCGUCAUCAUCGCAAAGAACCGCACCCAGUGGGAGACCCAGGCCGCGGCAGGAUGGGCGGCUGUCGUCAUGGUGUGGCUGUUUGUCGUAUUCUUCGGUUAUUCAUGGGGUCCCUGCGCCUGGAUCCUCGUCGCCGAGAUCUGGCCCCUAUCCGCACGGCCGUACGGCGUGAGCUUGGGCGCGAGCAGCAAUUGGAUGAACAACUUCAUUGUUGGCCAAGUCACGCCUGACAUGCUGUCGGCCAUGCCCUAUGGCACAUACAUCUUAUUCGGCCUGCUAACAUACCUUGGGGCCGUAUUCAUCUGGUUCUUUGUCCCCGAGACAAAGCGUCUGACGCUGGAGGAGAUGGACGUUAUCUUUGGUAGCGAGGGCACGGCGCAGGCGGAUUCCGAGAGGAUGGACGAGAUCAACGCCGAAAUCGGGUUGACGAGGAUCUUACGGGGCAGCGGCUCCAGUGCCGGGGAUGAGAGAGAUGCUGAGAAGGAAAAGAUUGCGGAGGCACAGGUGGACACUGUUCACUGA